AUGGUCUUUGAUGCUAAGUCGCUGACAUAUCUUUCACAGGAGAUCGUGACCCACCAUAAGAGCCUCGUAACUUCGUACCUGGCAAGCAAUUUUGAACUAUUCUUUGGGCGGUUCAAUAACAUCCUGGUCCACUCCGACUCGUAUGUCACCAAGCGCCAAAGCAUCAAGCUUUUGGGGGAGAUUCUCUUGGACCGUGCGAACUACAAUGUAAUGAUGGCAUACGUGGAGAGUGGGGAUAAUCUCAAACUCUGCAUGAAACUGCUGCGGGACGAUCGCAAGAUGGUGCAAUACGAAGGGUUCCAUGUUUUCAAGGUGUUUGUAGCCAACCCGACCAAAUCGGUGGCAGUGCAACGAAUUCUGAUCAAUAACCGCGAUCGACUGCUAAGGUUUUUGCCCAAGUUCUUGGAAGACCGAACUGACGACGACCAAUUUACGGAUGAGAAGAGCUUCCUGGUCCGUCAGAUCGAACUUUUGCCCAAAGAGCCUGUGGAUCGGGCUCGACCAACCCGCGACUCGCCAUCGGCUCACACAGCUGCUGUGGCGUAA